AUGGUACGCGCUUAUGAGGCAUUCCCCCAGCCGUAUAUUAUCGCAUUGGAUGCUAGAAACUUUAGUAGUUUUUUCUGGAAUAAACAUCAAAAUGUGCAGAAAUAUAAUUUUCAGCUUGUUUUUUUUAACGAUUCACCGGUGACAUUUGCGUUGCCAAAUAAUACCGGACUCGGUGGUCUCAUAGGUGAGGUUUUCCGUGUAUUUAUGAAACGUGUAAAUGGCACUUACUCAAUAUACCCAAUGACCGACGAGUUUAUUAGUAGAAUGGAUAUGAGCGGAAAUCUUCUGGUGCCGGUAGAAGGAGCAGUCGGGAGCGUAGAUUUUAGCUAUCCCCUCUACCAAACCCAAAUAUGUUUGAUGCUACCCGUCGAACGAGAGAUACCGCACAGCUGGUACCUUUGGUAUAUUUUCGACACAUUCACUUGGUCGCUCUUGAGUUUGACGUUUCUUAAUCUCGUCAUGCUAGUUUGUUUCAUUGGGUGGCGACACGACAACAACCAUUUUCGGGACGUUGGACUAUAUAUACUGGUCGCGCUUAAAUUAUUUCUAACUCACCCAUUAUCAACAGAUCGUGUCUUCUCUGUGAAACGAAGGUUAUUUUUGGCAUUAUUUUGUGGUCUCUUUAUGAUACUGGUCAACAUCUAUAUUAGCAGUCUGACUUCUUUGCUCAGUGCGGGAGCUCGCAUGCCCAAAAUACGAACAACUGGGGACUUUCUAAAAACUGAUCUGAAAAUUAUGAAUGCACCAUCGGAACGUGAGCUUUAUUUCGAAACCGAUUUGUUGCCAAGAUCACUUGCGUCGCGCUUACAUGAAUUUAAUUCUACUAUUAUAGAAGAAAACCGUUUAAAAGCGAAUAGCUGUUACGCCUAUUUGGUGUCUACGGAGAAAUGGUUGUGGUACAAAAAACAGCAAGCCCACCUACAGCAUCCAUAUUUAAGAAUCGCCUCAGAUGAAUUGUGCACACCAUCUUUACAUCAAAUAUUCUUUAUGAAAAAGAAAUCUCCGUUCAAGGAGACAAUAAAGCUGCUCGGUCUCGAGUUGCAAGAGUUCGGAUUUGUUAAUCACUGGUUAGAGGGGAUACCGCCAACUGCAAAACCAGAAAUUUCAAACGCAACCUCCCAAGAUAAAGAGCCAUUGAAAGUGGAGCAUUACAAGUUAGCAUUUUGCAUUUUAGGCGUUGGGUGGUCACUGGCGCUGUUCGCCUUUACGGCGGAGUUAUUUAAGUGGCGACAAAAGGAAAUCUUCUGA